UCCAGGUUUCGCUGUAUUUUUCAAAUACGCCAUCGGAAUGCCGCCGCUUACGAGAAACAUUCGACAAUGCGUGCGACAGGAAAGUUUCAGCAUUCCCCUAACCCCAUGCCUUCAAAAUUCUGUUCCGACCGAUAGAAAAUGUGCUUUAAUCCCGUCGUCAUCUCGCCGAUUCCCCGUCCCGCGACACCGUAAUAUCGUGACAAUGAAUUCGGUUUGGCUGACGUCCCCGUUCGUUCAGUUCGACACCGAGAAUCUCAUUUACAACGAGACCCUGUGCUCGGAGGCGCACUUCCUGAACAAAUUCUCAAGGGAUAAGUACAAAACCGAGCAACAGAGCUCGUCGACGAACAACGACCGGCACGGGAACUUCGACAUACUCCCCGACUAUCCCGCCAAGUCAAAUUUAUUCGCGAAGAAACCAGAACAGAUCGAGGAGAUCGAAGAAAAUGUUACGAUCACGGUGAACGCUCGACGAGAGACGGCCAACUCCGUGAUUACCGGGGCCCUGAAAAUUGACUCGAAGAUAUCUCUGAGGAAGGCCGAGCCCAGAAGCACGCUCUCGGAGACCAAUCUUCAUUCACGGGAAGAUCAAUGGGCGCGAGCAUGCAAGACGACAGAGAGCAGAACCAUCGGAGACCCUCUUCUCAGCUGUCCCUUCGAGCUGGUGCAGAUUUAUCCUGGAAACAAAGAGAACAUCUCCGACCUCGGUAGAACCUUUUCCGACGUGAGCCGAGAGGGCAGCUCGAUGAUAUGUUUCCCGAAAGAGGAUCCGAAAUCGUCGAAGCCCGCUGCUAUCGAGGAAGACGCGGCUUCGUUGUCGAAGGUGAAACGUGGCCACGACGAACCCGAGAAGAACGAGCCGCCUUUGUCCAGCAUGCAGAGUCGGAGAAGCUUGAAACAAGCUUCGAAAUCGAAGCCUGCGGAUCUCGAAAAGAACAGCGAAAGCCUCCAAGAAGAUGUAAGCUCCAGUUCGUCGUCCGACGACUUCGAGAAGUCGCGUUCGAUGAAAGGAAAGAGAAGUCUGCCGAGAGAGGCUUCGAGGAGGGCGUUGAAGAAAACCGAGAAGCUCACGAAUUGUCUUGAGCGCGAAACGAUAGCUGUUGCACGUGUCGAGUCUGAAAAAUCGCUAACGGAAGCGGCAGAUUUCGCUACGGUGAAAGAAGACCGAAAUGUUGAAGUAAUCGCGUCGUUGGAUGCAAGUGUUCGUAACGCCGACGUGUUCGAUGAUUAUUCUGUGAAAUCGAGCGACAGCAAAGUCAAGAAAUCCACGUGCGAUCCGUCUAGUAUUUUCGACGUUUCGGGCGUUGGCUGGUUUACCGGAGACAGCACGGUGAUCGACGCAAGCAAGGGAACAUUGAGUCCUGAAAUUAGAGGUAUGGAGGAAAAUUUGAAGACGGUUGCUGGAAGACUAGAGCAAGGAACGAAUGUUUUGAACAGAAUGGAAACGAUGCGAGCGAAUGACACGCGAAAUAGUGGAAAUGGAAACGUUGAGAAGAACAUUAUGGAAUACGCUGUCGAUGAUACCAGCAGCGGGACAAUCGGAAAGGAAGAAGAGAAGUUCGGCGUCGAUUACGGCGAUAUCAAAAUAUGCAAUUUGUUGUUGAUAAUUCACAAACAGUUGUACAUCAAUUUCCAGAAAAUGGAAAAUAUUUGGAUUCAGUUACAGGACACGAGUUCGCUCGAUUCUGUGCGUUCGACGGUGCCUAUGCGGCUUCUCGUCAGAAUAAUUUCCAGGUGCAAAAGUUACAUUCACGAUUCACAGGACAGUUACGCAGCUGAGUCAAAGAUCGCUAAAACUUUGUUGAGUUUGGUCAUCGAUCUGGCGAAAGCAGUGGAUCAGAACAAGCUUGUUGUGGAAAAGCAAGAGCAACAGAUAGACAGCAUCCUGUUGAAACUGUACCAAGAAAAGAAUUUGUACAGAAAAAGAAUAAUGAUAAACGAAGUCGUGUCGUUUUGGGACCACGGGCUUCGCGAAAUAUGCGACAUAAUGCAAGAUAUUCUGGAUAAGAUGAAAAUCGUUACAGUCGAGACCGAAGAGAAGAAAAAUGUUAGAAACCCAAGUUCCAGGCGGAAAGACUUCUACGCCGAAUGGAGGGGUCAAAAAUUGAACCUGGCAGGCAGAGGAAGUAACAUCGAAAUGCGGACGCCUGCUGUCUCGAAUAAACACGAUCCGAUCGGACAACCAAAGUCCAAAACGUCGAUGAAAUCUUUGAGCAGCCCUAGAAGCCGCGAAGUUGAGAAGACCGGGGACGUUGUCGUAAUUAAAAUCGCCGAGAGAAAGACCAACGAGAACGUUAGCUUGCACAGGUACAACGGAACGAGGCGCCCGAAAUCAAAGCCGUCGACGAAAUCGUUGAACAUCCAAAGAAUCCGCGACGCGGAGAAACUUUCGGACGCCGCCGCGUACAAAAUCAAUGAGAGAAAGACGAUCGACAAUGCUCGCUGCCACGAGAGAGGCAAGCUGCUCAAGAAGCCCACGCAGAGCGUGAACUUCGAACAAUGGAAGCCGAUGAUGUCCCGACAGAAGUCCCGCGUUGCCAACAAUCAACAGCCGGUGUGGAGACCAGGUGGUGCGGUGAAACUUCCGUCGUCGAGCAGCGCUACCGCGUUGACGCAAAGAAGUCGGCCGUUGCUUCCGCAAGCCAACGAGAAAGCGAAUCAACCGACAGAAUGUAUAAAGGAGCAUCCGAAGCACGGACGACCCGGCGAGCCCAGAAAGAAAGUCGGCACUGAAACGUGCUCGGCGAAGUGCAGAGCGCAUAAUUUACCGAACGAUUUCUCUAAACAAUCGAGCAGCAGAAGAUGCGCGACGUAUCCAGAACCUGCUGUCAAGUACAAGUUGAAGUCAAGGCCAUUGAAAGUGUGUUUCAAGCAAGACAGCGAGUCUUCCUGUCGAUCGGAGUCGUCAUCCCCCGAAAGGAUCGGUCGACAGAAGAACUCGAAGGAAACGAAAGUCCUGAAACUUCUGGAGGAAAUUAUCAAAUCUACGCCAAACGAUAAGAAAGAGAAGAAACAUGCGAACAAGUCGCUGGUUGGUAAUCAUCAGAUUCAAGUGGGUUCGACUGAACCGGUGAAACCAAUUUCGAUCGAAGAAGAAGCUGAGAUCUCGCAGGAUGAGCCUACGAGAGACAUCGAUCCGAAUCAAACGAGCCGAUCGAAAUGCGCUGAGAUAUUUCAUGAAACUCCGCGAUCGGCGCAGAAGAUGCCUGAACGUCCUCUGUCAUCUACUGUGACGAAUUCGUCUUCCAUUUCCAAUAUCAAAAAUCAGACCACUGAUUCUAAAUUGGACAUCCAACUUGAAAACGCUCAGGCGAAGAAUAGUUUCAGUUUAAAAGCUAGUUCAGAUUGUACAUCCAAAAACGAAUCCUCGAACACCUAUCACAGCUCCAUGAACCUUGAACCUUUAUCGUCGGAUAGAAAGCAGCAGGAAGAUGAACUAGAAACGAGUAAAAAUUUGACGAUAGUCAAAGAAGGAAGAUCCAAGAAUCCGUCGUCGGUUAACGAAGAGAGAUCGGAAAAUCCGACAGACAUUGACGUAGAAAUAUUAAAAAAUUUAUCAUCUAUUGACGAAGAGAGAUCGAAAAAUCCGUCAUCGGUUAACGAAGAAAGAUCUAAAUAUCCGUCGGACGUUAACGAAGAAAUAUUGAAAAAUCUAUCAUCUGUUAACGGAGAAGAAUCGAAAAAUCCGACAGAUAUCAAUGAAGAACCAUCGAAAAAUCCAUCAUCCAUUAACGAAGAGAGCUCGAAAAAUCCGUCAUCGAUUAACGAAGAAAUAUCGACAAAUCCGUCGUACAUUAACGAAGAAAAAUUUAAAAAUCCGUUAGACGUUAACGAGGAAAUAUUGGAAAAUCUAUCAUCUAUUAACGAAGAGAAAUCGGAAAAUCCGACAAAAAUUAACGAAGAAUUAUUAAACAAUCCAUCAUCUAUUUACGAAGAAAAAUCCGAAAAUCCGUCAUCCAUUAACGAAGAAAAAUCGAAAAAUCCGUCAUCCGUUAACAAAGAGAAAUCCAAAAACCCGUCAUCGAUUAACGAAGGAAAAUCCAAAGAUCCGUCGUCCGUUAACGAAACAACGUCAAGCACGAAUUCGCGCGCGACGUCGUUAACCGCAUUGAAGGAAUUUCUUCGCGAGCAAGGUGUGGAUGUUAAUUUGUUGAACAGGGCUGAACAGUGUAUGAGGGACAAGCGGAAGUGUCGCGGCUGCUUGAAGGCGAAGUCCGUGAGUUUAGCAGACGUUGGAGCGUCCGACAAGCAACGGGACAAACGUCGGGAACCGUCGGCGCAGAGUUGCAAGGAGACGGAGAUACUGGAGAAGAUCAUGAAAAUUUGCGAACGAAGACUGAUAGCCUCGGAAAACGAUAAAAAUAAAUCGAAUAAAAAUUGUGAAGAGAACACGAGGCUUCCGGAGAAAAGGGACACCUCGACGAGCACAGAGACGAGGAACGAGGAUGCGUGUUCUCAGACGAUUCCUCGGGAAACGGAGACGAAGAGUAUACAAAUCACCGUCGAAGAGGAUGCCGCGUUGACGAAAAAGCGAGAGAAAGGAACGAUCGAGACACAAACGGAGAUCAUUUCGAUCAGACACGCUGCGACCGAUUGUCGCACGGAAAAUGCGACGAAAGUUGAAAGUAAAGAUGCCUCGUCGAUGACGGAGUCGACUGCGGUUAGAGACAGCGUCGCGGAAACUGUGCAAGUGUCUUACGUUUCGAAAAUGACAGCGACCGACAGGAUUUCGGAAAACAUUCGAGAUCAUUCUCGCCGGAGUACUACAAAUUUGACGGAGAUAUGGAGCAAAAUGAAUGUCAAAGAGGACCGACGUUUGACAGGGAAGCGCAGUCUCGAGCGAUUGAGCAAGACGGAAGAUUCGAGCGACGGAUCUCCGUCGGUCCGCGAUCGAGACGACGGCGAGCAAGAUUUUCGCGAGUCGGACUCGUCGACGUCCUCGAGUUCCUUGCGACAAUUCCCGCCGCGGUGUUCUCCAAAUUGCAAUUGCAACGCGACGAUGGAUCCGGAGUUCGAUUAUCUCGGCGGAACGGUUCCUUGGGAGACGAUAGCGGCUCUACAGAGCGCUACGAUCCGGGCAAGGAGCCUGUACAACGCUAUUCACGUCUACCAGCAACGAAUGGAAACGAGAUGCAAGAAAGAGAGAAAGCUGGGAGAGAAAGGCGACUCGGAGAGAUGCGAGCGGACGUCGAAGAACCUGUCACGAAUCGACAGCAUCGAUAUCGUCGUGGAAGACAGUUAUCGUUCCUGCAAGCACGACGUCGAGAUUUCGUCGCGCGCGGAUGCGACGUCAUCGAACGACGACGAGUCUGAACGCGAAAAUUCGAAAGCCGCGUCAACGUCCGUCACGAAUAUUUCGCGGGACGGAAGGAAUGUGUCCGAUGAUGGCGUUGAUGCGGGAAUUUCGAGGAAAUCGUCUGGCGGUGCUGUCUUCGGGGACGCGGGCUCGUUGAUGGAGCUGUUGAUUCGGAAAAUGGAUGACGGGAAAAUGGGGGAAAUAGAUUUCGUGCGGACGGUCUCGAGCAGAACGUGCUCGAAGAUUCGCGUCGAAGUUCCGAGAGCGGAGAACGAGAAAACGGAGAGCACAAUGAAACCGUUCUCCAGGCAAAGCGUGCUGAUGCUUGUUUACGGCGUCGUGUGCUCCAUUGUGUUCUGGUGCCUGCAGUUCACCAUCACCUGCGACGUCGUUGCGUGACCGGUGCCGUUCUUCUACGAUUUAUUUAUCCUCCGUUUUGUUCGUCCCGUUUUUGUUGGUCCCGUUUUAUUCGUCGCUGUUGCUUCGUCCCUUUUUGCUUCGUCCCCUCUAAACGUGUUGUCACGUUGCUAGAUUUGUAGUUCGAUUAUUUGCGUCGAUUAAAUAACGUGUUUCGUAUGCACACAGAGUAAUAGAGGAUAAUGCUAUCAAACAAA